AUGGUCAGCAAGGAAGAAUUCCAAGGAUGGAUUUUGGAUUAUGCUUGCUAUCAUCGGAUCUUUCCAAUUAUUCAUGCAAUCAGCCUUCGACAUGCUGGCUCUUUAGAUAAUCUACCUGUCUCCCACCUUCGACUGGCUUGUGCCACCAUCCACUUCAUUAUUGAGAGUGAGCAACUGUCUCAAUUUAAGGAAGCCAUUAAACUUGUUCAACAAGUCAACCAAUCCAUACCACCUUUGGUUGUUUGUCAAAAGACCUACCAAAGAUUAUUAACAGGACUCCAAAUUAAGGCCCUGUUCCAGCAACUUGAAGAAGAUACUGAUAAAGCUCUUGUCAUGUUGAACACAUACUUUCCACGUUCCACUCCAAAAUCAACAGAACAGAAUCAAGGCCAGAGUUUGCCCAAAUUCAACCAGAAUCACAAAAAUUUCCGUUGCUUUUUUUUCUCUUUGGUCUCCAAUGAGAACCAACUCCGUGAUUAUCUAAAAGAGGAUUACAAUGCUGAAUUUGGUCUAAAAUUCAUGCAAUCCAUAAAGAAACUUUGUGGCCGUUUCCUACAACAAAUUGAAUCACAGCUGCUGCCUCCAAUGAUUGAAAAGGUCCUGGCUUGUCCAGAAUGUGAAAAAUUCUCUAGAAUCUCACCUGCCACAGAAUUGUUACUGGACUUUGUUCAUGAGAAGAAACUCUCCUCCCAAAAGGACACCAGCCAACAGAAUUAUCAGCAAAAGGGACAGAGAACUAUUUUAGUCUUCACUGAGCAGGAACUAUUUGAAAUGCUCACUGUCUCUUAUCCACUCUACACCCAAGACUGGCUGGCUCGUGAUCAUGGCUUAAAUCUCUCCAGUCAAGAUCUGUUUGACAGUUUUGACAGCCAAGAAACCCUGCCUCAGCCAGAUUCACAAAUGAAUUCCCUUCAUGUAACCAUCUCCAAGAGCCAAGAAUCAGCAUCAGAUUCCUUGGCACCAUUGGCAGAAUCCCAAGACUUGCAGAAACAAAAGUCAGCACACCAAGGAUCAUCGGAGAAUAAUUUUCAAGAUUGCAUUCAACAAACACUGCAACCCCAUCAUCAACAAGAAUCUGUCCAUUCCUCAUUGGCAUCAGAGCAAGAAUUACCAGAGGCACAGCUGGCAAUGAACGUGGAAAUUGCUGAACAACAGUCAGCAGAGGUACAGGGAGAAGUAAGACAAUCAGCAUUAGCACCAGGAGAAAAACCCUCACAGCAAUGUGAAAGAAUUGAAGAUGUGAUGGACGAUGCACAGGCACAGGCCAAAACAUUAAAUCAGCCCCAGGUGAUUGAAGAUGAGGUACAGUCCUCACAGAGGGAACCUGAGAUGGAAUAUCAACCUGAAGAGAUGAUACAAGAUGUACAACCUUCACAGAUGCAGCUGGAAGCACUUCCUCCAUCUCAAAUGUUACCACAAGAUGAGGUACCACUACAAUCAAGGCCAGAAAGAGUAGAAGAAAUUUUAUUACCACAGUCUGAAAUAUUAGAAAGAAGUUUAUCACAACUUCCGCAGGACCAACAGCUGCAAAUUAGAUCAUCCCAAACUCUGCUUCAGAUUACUGAUUUUGUCUUGCCUAAUGACAGUGCAGUCCAUAUUUCCUUCCCUUUGACUCAAAGUGCUGACCUUCCACCAAAUAUUACUUCAACACCAAUCCAUCAGCCAUGUGAACCAAGUACCAGUAUUGACCAACAAGAAAAGGACAAUGACAGCCAAAGACAGGCAACCUUUAUUCCCAUAGUGCCAAAUCCCUCAUCCCCAACAACUGUCACCCAGCCCAAAUACAUACAACCCUGGCCUGGCUAUGUGCCUCGGAAGCCUUCUCAUAAACUUUGCCGAUCGAACAGUUUUAAAAGUUGUGAUAUUGAUGACAAAGGUCAUCAGGAUGCUGAGAUGGUGGUGGCCAGAAAAAGACCUGGCCCCUCAGCUGUGACCCUUAAGAAGAAUUCUCCAAAACAUUCCUUGGUAGCAGAAGAAAACUCAGAUCUGUCUUGUGAUAAAGGAUCUGACACAUUGCCUUCUUCUGGGGCCACACUGAGCAGCCUCCACCUCUCUACUGACUUAAGCAGUAUCUCCUCAGGAAGUUGUGAUAUUGUCACACCAUCAGAUUCUAAUUCUGCAGAGGUAUUUUUUAUGGGCACGCCAGAGGAGACGAUUGAUUUUCAUUAUGAUUUUAUCAACAGACAUUUACUACAAGGUGUUAAGGCUUGCCUUAUCAAGUUAUACAGAAACCAGCAACUGGAUGUUAUGGAUGGAGAACAGGUCUACAGAAUUUAUACGUGA